AUGAUUAAGAUUGGUGAACUGAGCGCCAUUCUGUGUUCUACUGUCUCACCUAUGAAACAUGCUGCAGUAGCUUGCAAACACUUGGGAUGUGGUUCUGCAGUUAGUGUCCAUGGUGCUGCCCACUUUGGAGAAGAUUCCACACCAUACUUGGUAGUAGGAGAUGUUUGUCAUGGGAGUGAGUCAACAAUCUGGGACUGCAGAUUUUUAACACAGAAUGUAAAUUCAACAUGCUCUCAUCCUUUCCAUGCUGGAGUGACCUGCUCAGGCUACUCACAGCCUCGGCUGGUGGGAGGAGAUAAUCCCUGCUCAGGACGUGUGGAAAUAAGACAUGGUGAAACAUGGGCUACACUCUGUGAUGCACACUUUGAUCUCAAAGCUGCCAGUGUUAUCUGUAAUGAAUUAGAGUGUGGAAGAGCUUUAUCUACCCCGGGAGGAGCUCACUUUGGAGAAGGACAGGGGCUGAUCUGGACUGAAGAGCUGCAGUGCGUGGGGAAUGAGUCACACCUUGCAUACUGUCCCAGGAUAUCACAUGUGAAUCAGACAUGCUCACAUGCAAAUGAUGCCAGCGCCAUAUGCUCAAGGCACACAGCGUUCCAGCUGGUGAACGGCAGCACAGCGUGCUCAGGGAGGGUGGAGAUCCAGGUUCUUGGUGCCUGGGGAACUGUCUGUGACUCACACUGGGAUCUAUCAGAUGCCAACGUUCUCUGUCAUCAGCUCGACUGUGGGUUCGCUGUAUCAGCUCCAGGAGGAGGGUAUUUUGGGAAAGGAACAGGCUUUGUCUGGAGAGACACAUUUCAUUGUAAAGGGACUGAACCCCAUUUGGGCCAUUGCCCUGUGACUGCCCUGGGGGCAUCUCCGUGCCCGCAUGACAAUGAUGCCAAUGUAAUUUGCUCAGGUCAUUCGGAAUCGCUCAGACUGUUGAAUGGAGAGAGCCGGUGCGAUGGGAGAGUCGAGAUUUCCCUCCAUGGUGUGUGGGGCAGAGUGCUGGAUGAUCAGUGGGACAUGAACGAUGCCAGCGUGGUGUGCAGGGAGCUCCAGUGCGGAGUUACUGAGAAAGCUUUUAACCCCCCUAAGUCUGGGCGAGGAACAGGCCCUGUGGGGCUGAGAAGUGUCCAGUGUGCAGGAAAUGAGACUCGCCUGACUCUCUGCAACAUCUCCGCAUUUGAGACAGCCCAGGCAAGAAUUACUGAGGAUGCCGGUGUUGUUUGCUCAGGGAGCAGGCGGAUCCGGCUGGUGAAUGGGCCAGGUCGCUGUGCCGGGAGAGUGGAGAUUUAUUACAAUGGUACUUGGGGAACAGUCUGUGAUGAUUCCUGGGACCUACCAGACUCCAAUGUUGUUUGCAAACAACUGGGAUGUGGACGCGCCAUCAAUGCAACUGUCUCUGCUCAUUAUGGGCAAGGAUCCGGGCAGAUCUGGCUGGACGAUGUGAACUGCUCUGGGAACGAAUCUGAUCUCUGGGAGUGUCCUUCCCAGGGCUGGGGCCAGCACAACUGCAGACACAAAGAGGAUGCAGGAGUUCUCUGCUCAGGGCUCAUGGAUCUGAGACUGGUGAGCGGCAGUGCCUGUGCUGGGCGGCUGGAGGUUUUCUACAAUGGGACAUGGGGCAGUGUUUGCAACAGUCCCAUGGAUGCCGUCACCAGGGCACUUAUAUGCAAACAUUUGAACUGCGGAGACAGUGGGAUUCUUUUAAGAGACUUUACAUAUGGAAUAGGCUCUGGCCCCACCUGGGUGGAUGGCAUUCGGUGCAAUAAGCAGCACAGCUCCCUGUGGCAAUGCCCGUCAGACCCAUGGAAUCAGCAGUCAUGUAGUACCAGAGGACAAGAAACCCACAUCUUUUGUGCAGGUGGGAAAGGGAAACCAUCUCAGAAUCCAUUUGCUGAAUGCCCGAACUCUACAGACUGCACAGACCAGGAGAAGUUACGUGUCGUGGGAGGAGAGGACAGAUGCUCGGGGAGAGUGGAGGUUUGGUACCGUGGCUCCUGGGGAACAGUCUGUGAUGACUCCUGGGACAUGGCGGAUGCUAACGUUGUGUGUAAACAACUGGGCUGUGGAUCUGCUGUAUCUGCUCCGGGCGAGGCUGCAUUCGGUGAGGGGACUGGUCCCAUCUGGGUGGAGACGUUGAACUGCAGAGGGACAGAGUCAUCUCUCUGGGACUGUCCUGCCAAGCCCUGGGGUGAGAGUAACUGUGGUCAUAAGGAAGAUGCUGCAGUGAAUUGCUCAGGCGUGACAGAGACAACAGCUUCACCGGCUACAACAGCUCCCCCGCGCCAUCCUCCGACCGACAGUGGGAGAGUCACGGUGCCCGUGGUCAUCUGCAUUAUCCUGGGGGCCCUGCUCUGCCUGGUCUUAGUCAUCCUGGGGGCGCAGGUGCGAAGGGCCAGGGCACAGCACAGAGGUGCCACAAGACCCUCAGAUCCCGUGUAUGAGGAGAUUGAUUAUAACCUGAUGGGAGAGAAGCAGAUAUUGGGUCACUCAGUCUCCUAUGCAGAGGAUUCAGUGACGAAGCUGCAGUAUUACACCGGGGACAGUAAGGAGGAAAACGAUUCUGGAUCAGAACAAGAGGGCGCUUCCCCUGGGGGGUCUCAGUUGGAUUACGAUAACGUGGAGGAGCCUGCAUUGAAUGAUGACCCCCAGACUCCAGACGACCAAGAGGGCCCUGCCUUGCCUGGAGAUGUCCCAGGGGAUAGUUAUGACGAUAUCAGAGAAGUUUCUGACCCUGAAGAUGAUUCUGGUUCAGGGCAGUGUGCCCCAGAAGUUACUUGGGCCCCUGGAGAGAGUGACAGGAACAGGGAUUCACGGAGAGAUUGGAAUCUGCACUCCCUAAGAAGUGAAGGGGCCUCAGGGACUGAGAGAGAUGGCCCAUUCCCGCCUCCUGGAGACCCGGGUUAUGAUGAUGUUGAAGCUGUCGUCCCUAAGACAUCAAUAUAAGAAUGAUUGAGUUCCAAUCAAAUAUCCUGUGAGGAUGUAAAUGCUGUAUGAUUAGACUCUUUCUCUUCUAAAUGCUAACUGGGCAUGGGGGCAUCAGAGAUAGUCCCUGCCACGGAUCUAGUUCAGUCACCUUUUAUAUUGGGGUUUUAUGUAGUUGCAAGAAAUAUAAGUGUGACUGAGACGGGGUCUGUGAUUUUUCCCUGUAAUUUCUCAUUGAUCAGAUUGCCUGGAUCUUGUCCUGCUUUUUUAUUCCUAAUAUUUCUUCAUUGUGAAUUUCUGCUUUUUCAUAUUGAAUCCUUUUAAAAAGUUGAUUCCAGGAAUGAUGCUUCUCUCCCAAGGUGCACAAGGAAUCAUAAGGGAGUGAGAUGGAGUCUGAACCACCAAAAAAUAAUAAUUGCAAAAUGUCACCUCUCGGUAUUGCAGGUUGUUCAAUAGGGUGUUGGAUGGAGAAUGAACGUUCCAUCAGUCGUGUGGUAAUGGUUAAAAACCCAGGAACAGAAUAAUCCUAACUCCAGAGAUGGCCCUAACCGCCAUCCAAACUCCAGACUUUCCUUUAAAAUCCAGGAGGAUAAAUGGACAUUAUUUAUAGGAACCUUAAUGCACCCACACAAUUAGAUAGCAGUUAAAAAGAUACCCCCUUCCCAUCCUCUUCUCUUCUCCUCUAUACAAAUUCAUAUACCAUGCCUAUUACUCUAGCACUGGAGAAUCUUUCAGUGGUGCAUUAAGAGUAAGGACCUUCAUCUUUGGUUUAUACUGAUUUUUAAUGAACAUUUGCUGAGUUUUACAAAAAUCAUUAUUCCGUUUUUAACAAUUUUUACCCAACUUUUAGAUGUGCUGGAACUCCAUCUCGCUGCUCCAGGAGAAAUGGCAGCUUGGUAACCUGGGUGACCCAGGCUACCAAGCCACCAUCUCUCCUUCCAGAGUGGGAAGCCAGGUCAAAAGCACUGGAACAACUUGAGUGUUGUGUCAAUCCCACACCCACCACAUACAUAUUACCAGCUGUACAGAUAGUGCAGAUAGUCAUCAGCAGUCAAAGCAAAAUAAAGGUAGUGAACUACUUUUUAUGAUAAAAUGGGUUAAAAACAAAAAACUGUAACUGUUUACAUUUCAGAACAUAUUGGGGGUUUAGGGGGGCUUGAAAGUUUAAAAAACAAAUGCACAAAAAAAAUCUUAGGAGAAGAGAGUCAUAUUUCCCUGAUAUUUCCCCAGCUAACUGUCAAGUUAAUUUUUUGUACUGAUUUUCCACCAUUUUUUAAUUUUUGAAAUAAACACUGAGACAUUCCUUGGAAAUUUCAAACAAAAUAAAAAUCUAAAAAGAAGGCCCUUAAUUAAGUGACAUUAUUGUCUUUCAUCAUGUGUGUUCAUUCUGCCUCCCUCCUGUGACCCAGGGAGCCAAUGGGCAGAGGGCACACUAUACCAGAACUCUUAUCGGGCCUGACACUCUCAUUGCUCCAAUUCACUCAUAAUCUGUAUCUAAAAGGUGUUGUGUAAGAUGUUCUAUGCAAACUGCUAACAUGCUGCUCAUUAAUAUAAUGGCAUGAUGUAUAUAUGGGUGUGAAGAAAUAAAGAUGUGUGCUGGAAAUAUAUUUCUAAAAUGUAUUUGGCAGACCAUGCCUAAGCGCUGCCUUUCUCAAAGAAAGGAAUGUGUUUUUGCAGCUUGACUGAGUCUCCAGUGUAAAUUAAGCAAGGUGUGACCUAAGACAAUGAAAAGGACAUUUAUAAGCAAGGUAAACAAAGCCAUCAUGGGGGGAAUUGACCAAUUAACCAUCUUGAUGCGGGAUGGAGGCUACACUCCCAGAAAGCCUCCCUACCUCUUGAAACAGGGUCAGUGGACUUUGAGAAGAUAUAAACAGAGGCAAAAAGUUGUUUUGUCAUCCAUCCCAGACAACAGGUCACAGCACCUUCAAGCCUAUGACAGUUGAGUCCUGUGGUGUGGGGGACCAGGGAUGCUGAUGAUUCGAUGUGAGUUAGGAAACUGAUCAGGCAACGAUUGUAACUUGCUAGAAUUAAAUGUCACUUGAAAGUAUGUUUUGUUUGUUUUAUUUGUAAACUUUCCUAUCUGUUACUUGUAAUCACUCCAGCCUAUGCCCUCAUUAAUAAACAUUUUUUUUUGUUUGAUUACAGUAACAUC